AUACGGUAAAUCAAAACGAGCAUAAAUUGAAGUAGUACUACUCAGAAACAAAACGUGACUUUGUCAAAGAUGAUGCAAAGGUAUUUUCUGAUUAUUGCAAGCACAAUACUAUCGGCACUGAUCUGUGUCGAUAUUGCCGUUGUCGAUGCGAGGGAGCUGUUCGAAUCCUUCAACGGCAGGAUCGGCCCCGAUUCGUCGUCGUGGUUUGAACCCUCGCUAUGGAAYGGAAAGGGAAAGGUUCCGACGCAGAAUGAUGCUGUCGUUUUCGAUGAAUCCGAUACGUAUGCAGCCAUUGAUAAGAAAGACAUYGUUGCCAGUGUAUCGGAGCUCAUCAUCGGCAGAUCUGCAUCUUCCGAUUCCAUUGGGUCUGUUCAACUCGACUUGUUGUCGCAGACAAAAUUGGCAGUUCAGCAAGACAUGACUAUUGGUGAACUCGAGGGUAGCGAUGGGUCCGUAUACGUCGAUGACAAUGCUUCGAUUGCUGUCGAAGGAAGUUUGACCGUCGGAUCCGGCGGGAAUGGUCUCUUGGUGUUGGCCAAAAAAGCUUCAAUCCGAACAGGGAACCUUAGUGUCCGUGGUGACAACAGUGGAGGUGGAAGCAAAAUUGUAAUGGGCGUUGCAUCAACGCUAACGGUUGCAGGUGAUAAGCGUACUAUGGUGAAUGAAAUGAUUGAGAAUGGACUGAUUGUMAAAGAAACAAUGGAUUCUACAGCAACACUGAAGGUCGGCACAACGGACGGCAACACGGUCGUCACGGUGGCCACAGAACCCCCCGAACCCCCCAUAUCGUGCGAAAACCGAGGUCUCAAAUACAGAAAUCAAGGAAGGAAAAAUUGCAAGUGGGUUGCCAAGAAAAAGAACAAACGCUGUAAGCUAUCGUGGAAGAAGGAGAAACUUAGCGCUUGGUGUCCAGGUUCUUGCAACAAGUCAUGCAUUGAUGACGGUGACGGGAAUAAUCCAUGUGCCGAUGGAACUUUGAAAUAUAAAAACAUUAAGAAGAAAAAUUGUAGAUGGGUCAAAAGACUCACAAGAUCUCGGUGCAAGUUACAGGUAUCGGACGGGGUCAAAGUUUCAGAAAUCUGCAAAAAAACUUGCGGCAAAUGCUAACUUUUACUCUGCGAAGGCAAAGUUCACYACUCAUGGAAAAAAAUCAAUCAAUGAAUUUAAUAAGAUCAGUAUUUAUGUUCGGCAUYAACAGCUUUAUA